AUGGCGGGGCUCUUGAGAGGCCUUGCGGCCUCCAUAUGCCUAUGCGGGCUGCUUGCAUCUGCGCGGCCCAUGGAGACAAACGUUAACUUCAUCACCAAGCCCACUUACUUGUCAUACGUAGAAGGCCUUCAACAGAUGAUCGAAAAGAAGUUUAACGGUUCAAAUGUGAUUACAGCCACUUUGGAACGAUGGGUGAAGGUGGAGAACAAGCACGUGCACCCGUUCAGGCAGCGUGGAAAGUGCUGGUACGGCUUCGACGGAAAUGUGUCGCAAAUGCAAUUGGAUAUGGACGAGUACUGCGCAGCGACAAACGGCGGAAUAACGAUGUGCGCACGAUGUGAAAACAUCGAAACUUUGAAAUGCUACUGCGUUCAGAUGAUUAUGAUUGAUUACAGCUCUGACACGAACCAAUGCCUCAACAAUUGCUCCUCCCCGACGAAAUGCGCUGGAACCGCCGAAAUACUGAAAACCUACAAGAACGUGGACCCGACGGUCAUAAAGAGGUUACACCACAAGUACUGCGUGAAUUCUAAUCUACAGAGAUCGCUGGAUAGGAUCUGUGGUGAAGGCAUGGCGGCAAGGUUUCAGGACCCUGACAUCCGCUGCUUCCCGAAGACCGCGCUUGACUACGCACAUAAAUCGUCCUGCUGGGACGAAUGCGGUUUUACAACUGAGUGCUUUGGCAAACCCCCAGAGUCUCCAUCCGGGAGAGACUUUAAACCCACCGAAAUCAAUUGGGACGACAUGAUUACUGAAAGCAACCGGAGCCAAUUCAUAAAAAACUAUUGCAGGAACAUUAGAAAGGGACACCCAACAUGUUACGUCACUGCAACCACGGAAGAGACGUGCGCAGAAUCGUCACCCAAAUCAAAGUAUACCACCUACGUAGAAAAAACAAGACUUGAUAUGUACCUCCAGCCCGGUUCUAUCUUCGACCUAUGGAUCACUCCGUACAUUCCUACGUAUGAAAUAUCCAUCAGAUUUUCGGAGGAAGAUAAAGGGUGUACGGGUGAUUUGAUUGCAGACUCCCCUAUCGUUCAAUCCUACGCAUCGCAGCCCUAUGACGUCUACACAGGAAAAUGGUCCCUCAAGUAUGCAAAGCGCGGUAUGGACAUACAUCCAGCACUUGACGGUACAACGAAGACAUAUCAAGUUAUAAAGGGCUUUAAGGUAAUGCGUGAUGUUAACACCACCGUCAACGUCUGCGCCUGCUUGUCAUCGCUCUUAUACUACAGAUAUUCGGAUAAUAUGGCGUGUAGCAGCGCCAGCCAGUUCACAAUCUACCUCGGCAAGAUCCAUAUAUGCGGUAAGUUGGUGCCUUUAUAUGUUAAUGGCUGA